AUGGUAGGUGAUAGGUCUUCUAUUUUAGUUAUGUUUGAGAGGUGGGAUUAUGGGGUGGAAAUUUGGGAUUGGACUAUUUUUUCCCAUGUUUGGUUUUAUUGGCGGGAUGUCUACCUCUACAACGACUUCGCUGUUUAUGAUAACAUCAAGGAUAAAGCUGAGCUAACCAUAUACUGUGAGAACAAUGGCAGUGGAAGUGAUGGCGAGAGACACAGAUUAUGGAGCUUUCGUCAAAAAAUUUAUUCUCCAGCCAGUAAAUUUGAUGUGGAAGGAUAUGUAACUGGAUUUGGACAUCCUGAACGGGCGAGGACUCAUUCGGCAGCCACGUCAACGGCUCCGGCUGUUUUGGCUGUCUUGAGGGGAGGUGCCACAUGUAUUGGUAAAACUGUCAUGGAUGAAAUGGCAUGCAGUAUAAAUGGAGAAAAUAUACAUUAUGGAACACCCACAAAUCUGUGUGCACCUGACCGGAUACCUGGAGGAUCUUCUAGUGGAUCAGCUAUUGCUGUAGGUGCAAAGCUCUUAGAUUUUUCCUUGGGCACUGACACUGGAGGAAGUGUAAGAGUACCUGCAUCAUAUUGUGGAAUUUAUGGGUUUCGGCCUUCAAGUGGUGCUGUUUCUACUGCUGGAGUAAUUCCUAUGUCACAGUUUUUUGAUACUGUAGGAUGGUUUGCUAGGGAUCCUACAAUCUUGAAGCAAGUUGGUCAUGUUCUGCUGGAGUCAUCUGAUACGCCUCAUGUCAGACCUGGUCAGGUGAUUGUCGCUGAAGAUUGAGUACGACUUUCAAGCAUUCCAAGUGGUCGGACAACUCAAGUUCUUCUUAAAGCAGUGGAGAAACUGUUUGGGGGUAGGUAUAUUUACCAUAUGGCUCUGUUA